AUGUUCUCCAGAUCUGCAGAUGAUGCACCGACAGCCGUGAUGAUGUGCUCCCGUGAGUCUCCCGUGAGGUCUCAACAUACUGGCGGCAUGCUACUGAGGAGGGUAACUGACAGGCACUGCCACUGGCUGGCUGGCUGCUCAUCUCACCUCCCUGCCAUCGAUUGGAUGGCUGGUGCUGUCUGUCUGUCGUUGGUGCUGUUUGGUGCAGGUACUUCCCCUUGCUGUGGACGGCAGUCCAGGACGGAGGCCUCGCGAGGCUGCAGGCACGCACACGCACAGCAUCGCGGGGGGUGCAUUUGUUCUUCAUCUGUUCGUAUGUGUGUGGGGGUGGUGCGUCACAACUUCAGGUGUACUUCGUCGGCGGCGGAGGCGCCCGGUGAAUGACCGGUAGACCGCCACGGGCAACUAGAGGGUGCAUUUGAGCCUUCCGUGUCAUUGAGUGCGAUGACUGUAGGCGUGUUGCCGUCCAAGGGGCUCGGGGCACCCUCCCGGACGAUGGCAAUUGGACGAUGGGGGUGGUCAUCGGCCAUCGGGGGGGUGGCCAUUUCAUGUUGCAGAUGCUACUCCGACAGCCGUGA